AAAACAAAAAUGGCUGCGCCCAUUGUAAUGUUUAUUUUCCAUGCUUUAUUUUGUUGUUAAAGUUCUGAUAAAGUAUGUGCAGCGUUGAAACAAUUAUUAUGAAAGAAAACCAUAAAAAUUAAUAGAUUUUAAUGAAUGUAUUUAUUUUCAUGUAAGAGAAGUUAUUCCAGUUAGAUGAAGCUAAUUUUAUCAUUUCUGUAAAAAUAGCAGAAAUGUUUUCGUAGUUGCUUUAUUUACAGUAUAAAGAAAUAACAAUUAUAUGAAUAGAUUCUCAUCCUCUCACUCAAAAAUGACUUUUAUUUUGGUGUUCCAGGAUUAUGUUAUGUAGAAUUAAAUUGCCAAUCUGGUACUCUAUUGAAAUACUGAUUUAAUUUGAACUCAUAAAAUGUUGCUGUCUGCUUUUUAUAUUAUUUCAUCAAGAGGCGAUGUUUUGUUGUAUGAAAAAUACAGAGAUGACAUACCUGAAGAGCAUCUGAAUUACAUUGUAUCUGCAGUUGCAAAAAGUAAACCGGGUGUUGGUACUGCAUGCAUUAAACAUAAAGAAGUUCAAGGUUACAGCAUAAAAAGAGAAAAAGUUACGUAUUUAGUUAUCACCAGGAAAGAAAUAUCCAGUAUUAUUAUCCUUCAGUUUUUAGAGAGCUUUUAUUCAUUAGUGCGAAAUUUUUGUGGUGGAGCCACAGAAGAUUACAUUGUGAAAAACUUAGUUUUAAUUCAUGAGCUCAUGACAGAGUGUGUGGAUAAUGGUUUCAUUAGAAGCACAAAUACUGAAUUGGUGUGGCAUAAUAUUUAUAGUAAUCCAGUAAGUCCUCAUACACAUAAAAAAUGUGAAACUAGAAAACCUGGCCCAUUUGGGAUGGAGAAGGUUUUUGCGCCAAACACUGCAUCAGAACGACCUUUGGUCAGAUCAAAAUCUCAGCAGGUGGUAAAAAGUGCUGAAGUUUUUGUAGAUGUUAUUGAGAAACUGAUUGUACAUUUUUCUAAACAGCAUGCAGUUAAAAUAUUUCAUUUAAAUGGUGUUAUUCAGUUGAAGAGUUUCAUUGCUUGCAACCAUCAUGUGAUUAUUAGUUUAGAAGACAGCUCUAAAGCUGAAGGACUGCAUAAAAGUGCAUUAUUUGAUAUAUAUCAAUUUGAUAACUGUGUAGACUCAAAGAGUUUUGAAGAGCAUAGGUCAUUUGUGAUUCAUCCAUUCCAGGGUGAGGUUAAAGCAAUGAUUUACUCAAUAGAAAGUCCAAUCCUUUUGCCUUUAAGACUUACUGCACAUAUGCAAGAAUCAGAUCAAAACAGGGACUGUGAUCUAACUUUGCACUUGUCAAGCAAUUUGCCUUCUAAUACAGAAGCUUUGAAUUUAUCUCUGCAUAUUCCUGUAUCCUCAUGUACUAGAAAUAUUAUGCAACAGUUUAGUAUGUAUGAAAAUGAUGCUGAAUUUCUGAGUAAAGAACGAAAAAUUUUGUGGAAACUAAAGAAACUUCCUGGGCAAGGAGAAGUUAUAGCAAAAUUCAAGCUUAUAGAUGCUAUACAUUUUCCUGCAAAUCGCUUAGAAAUGGGGCCAGUGUCUCUGGAGUUUGAAGCAUCUAAUAUUUCUUGUUCUGGUAUGAAAAUAAGAAAUAUAAAAGCAGAAGAUCCAUCAGGCAAAGUCAUACCUAUCCAAAAGUGGGUUAGGUAUGCUACUUUAGCUCAGUCUUAUGUGUUUGAAAUUUGAAAUAAACCUGUAUAAUAAUUUGUAUUUUAAUUAUUUAUAUAUGAUUUAUGUAACACAAAAUUAAUAUAGUCUUUUUUUUUUUAAA